AUGGAGGAUUUUGCUGAAUGUACAGGCUUUGCCGUGCCAUCAUAUGAAAAGUACCCCGACUGGUCAAAGGCUGAAGUCAGGACUGGAACAACUUUAGUAGCUUGUGAAUACAAUGGCGGUGUGGUAAUUGGGGCUGACUCAAGAACUUCCACAGGUGUCUAUGUUGCAAAUCGUGUAACUAAUAAACUCACACCAUUGACUAAGUAUAUUUAUUGUUGUCGCUCGGGUAGUGCUGCUGAUACCCAAGCAGCAGCUGAUGUUGUAAGGUACCAACUGGAUUUUCAUUCAGUCCAGAUGGGUCGUGAACCAACUGUUGCUGAAGCUGCCAAUAUUUUCCAUAAUUUGUGCUAUAAUCAUCGUGAUAAUCUCCUAGCCGGUAUUUUUGUUGCUGGAUGGGAUUCAGUUUUGGGUGGUCAGAUUUACUCCAUACCAGUUGGUGGUAUGCUUAUCAGACAACCUGCUGUUAUCGGAGGUUCAGGGAGUACUUUUCUAUAUGGUCAUUUUGAUAUAAACUUCAAGCCCAAUAUGACUAAGGAGCAAGCUGUACAGUUUGUGAGCACAUGUGUUGGCUUGGCAAUAAACAGAGAUGGCUCAAGCGGUGGCUGUAUCCGACUUGCUGUUAUCAACAGUAGCGGUGUUGAACAUAAGCUCAUCAAAGGAGACCAAGUGCCCAUGUAUUCAUACAAACCUUAA